CGAAGCAGUUGACAGCAUAUGGUGUUAUACGUACCCCCACCAAAUAUUAUGGACCUGCAGGUUAUCAGGUUCACAUACAUCAAAGCGGUGUAAAGCAAAGGUAAACCAGUUCAUUCGGUAGUGAGCAAGUUAUACUUGGUUGCGGAGAUAUACGUAAUAAAUCCAACAAGGACGAAAGAAGAAAGUGAAGAUGAGAGAGGAAGUUGCCGGCCGGAUGCAGGGUAUUCUCAAGGGAUUAGGGGUAUACAGGUACUGCACGGAGAAGAUAUUACUUCCAUGGAAAUCCGAAGUUACUCUGGUGAGAUCUUCGUUGGCCAUGCUGUUUUUAAUCAUUCUCUGCAUUACCGCAUUCCUCUCUACGCGUUUGAUCGAUUCUUCGUCAAUUGCUGGAAAUUUCCAGCAGAAAUCAAUACUCCCCCGCAUACCAUUUUACAAAUACACUCAUCCCGCGGGGAAAAAGUUGCACAGGAAUAGAACCGAAUUCCGCCUGAAUUGCUCGCUUGCUAACGUUACAAAAACUUGCCCAACAAAUUACUACCCAUCAAAAUACUCAUCACAAGAUUUUUACGAGAAGUCAGAAGCAGUGGCCCAGCAACCCCAAUGCCCAGAAUACUUCCGUUGGAUACACGAAGAUUUAUUGCCUUGGAGAAAGACGGGAAUCACGCCGGAGAUGGUUGAGGCAGCCAAGGAUAAGAAUGCUGCUUUCCGGUUGGUGAUAGUGAAUGGCACGGCUUAUGUCGAAACGUAUAAGCAUUCGUUUCAGACUAGAGACAUCUUUACCCAGUGGGGGAUUUUACAGUUGCUGCGGCGGCACCCUGGCCGACUGCCUGAUUUGGACCUCAUAUUCACCUGCGGUGAUCGCCCCAAUAUUGUGCAAGAAUAUUACCCCAGUGCCAAUGCUAAGGCACCGCCACCUUUAUUCAGUUAUGACGGGGAUGAUGCCACCUUCGACAUUGUCUUUCCAGAUUGGUCGUUCUGGGGAUGGCCAGAAAUUAAUAUAAAGCCAUGGGAACCAUUGUCCAAGGACCUAAAAGAAGCGAAUGAAAGAAGAAAAUGGAUGGACAGAGAACCGUUGGCAUUUUGGAAGGGCAAUCCUCAUGUUUCACCAAAGAGGAUGGAUUUGCUCAGGUGCAAUCUUUCGGAUGAACACGACUGGAAUCUGCGCAUUUAUGCUCAGGACUGGCAUCGAGAACAAAAGGAAGGUUUCAAAAAUUCCGAUUUAGCAAACCAAUGCAAACACAGAUACAAAAUUUAUAUAGAAGGAAUCGGAUGGUCUGUGAGCGAAAAAUACAUUCUUGCCUGUGAUUCUCUUACUCUGAUAGUGAAGCAACAUUACUAUGAUUUCUUCACAAGAAGUUUGAUGCCAUUGCAACACUAUUGGCCCAUAAGAGAUGAUACCAUGUGCAGAUCAAUCAAGUAUGCAGUCGACUGGGGCAAUAGCCAUCAGCAAGAGGCACAGGCUAUUGGCAAGGCAGCAAGUAGAUUUAUUCAGGAGGAAUUAAACAUGAAGUAUGUGUACGAUUACAUGUAUCAGCUGUUGGCAGAGUAUGGUAAGCUUCUAACGUACAAGCCAACUGUUCCUCGACAAGCAGUAGAGCUGUGUUCAGAGUCAAUGGCCUGCCCAGCGGAGGGAUUAAUUAAGAAGUACAUGAUGGAUUCUUUUGCUGCUGGACCCUCUGGGGUGCCUCCAUGUACUAUGCCUCCUCCUUAUGAUCCUGCUACUCUUCGUUCAGUUUUGCAGAGAAAAGAAAUUUCGAUAGAGCAAGUACAGAAGUGGGAAAAACAGUACUGGAAAACUCAAAGAUGAGCACGUACAGUUAAUUCAUGCCAUCAUCUUGUUUGCUGGCUCUGCGUCUCGAGGCAUAGAUAACAAUUGUUAUGCAUCACUCGCUUUUCAAAAUACAUUCCCAAAAUUUGGCUUCUCGUUCACCAAAACCACUCGGCAGUUUGUUCUCGUUCA